AUGACACCAGUGGCGAGAUACGACAGCGCAACAUCGAGUCUGAAGACGUGUCUCUUGAUCAUUGGUAUUGCUUCAGUCAGUCUUAAUGCAAUCGGCGGCCUCAGCUCUCGUAUCCAUAAUGGACUUUUUGUUACCUCAAUCUUGAUCUGGGUCCAGAUCGGUGCAGCUCUAGCUUUGAUCGCGACAAUCGCUUCCAUUAAACGGCGCCCAGAUGUGUACAGCCCAGAUGGAAGAGUCGUUGACUCACAAAGGACAUUCAGUCUUUGGUCGAGAUAUAGCUUUGACUGGGGCCUGGAUGUGCUCCGGGCAGCAGGCACAGAGAAGUUUGAGAAUUCUGACCUACCAUCAAUGGACCAUAUGGUGAGAUCAGAAAAUGCUACUGCGAACUUUAAGAACAUCAUCUUCAAGAGUGAUCGCCUCCCGCUAUGGGCACACAUUAUGUGGAAGUUCCGUUACCGAUUCCUUUGGAUGUGGGCGGCUCUUCUUUUCACAAACUUUUUUGAUGUCGCCCCGGCCUUUGCGAACCUGCAAUUACUUCGUCACCUCGAGACUCGCGAAAACUUCGAUACCAUUGAUCCAGUCGCGUGGAAAUGGGUUGGUGCAAUUGUCGCUGCUACGAUUAGCUCGCGUUUGGUCGACUCCAGAGUCAUGUGGUCCGAGAUGGCUGAUAUUGUUGUGCCAUUGAGAUCAACUUUGACUGGAAUGAUGUACGAGAAGUUGAUGAAAAUGGAGGAUUCGCUUCAUAUUCCCAAGGAAAAGUCUUCGGAUUCAGACGCUGCCAAUAACGAAGAGGAGAAUGAGGAAGAUAAGCAAUCAAACAUGAGGUCCCAGCAGGACAUUGUCAAUAUGUUCUCGGUCGACUGCGACGCCAUCGCAAGAUUUGGGUCUCAGAGUGGGCAGUACGUCAACUGCGGAGGACAAUUUACCAUCAUUACCGUCUUCUUGUUGCAUCUUGUUGGUUGGCAAAGCCUGUGCGCAGGAAUGCUGGGAAUUGUGGUUCUCUUUCCCAUCAACAGAGCUCUUGCAGCGCGAUACGGCAGCAACCAAAAGAUUCUGAUGAAGCUUCGUGACAAGAGGUCUACAAUCAUUACAGAAGCUCUUCAAGGAAUCAGACAGAUCAAGUUUUCCGCAAUCGAAACUCAAUGGACGGAGAAGAUUGAGAAUGUCCGUGAAGAGGAGCUUUCGAUGCUCUGGAGGACGAGAAUCAACAACAUUUACAUGGCUAUCGCUUCUGAGUUUACUCCCAUUGUCUUGACAUCGCUUUCUUUGGCUACCUAUUCUUACAUCAACGGGACGCUGCUGCCUUCAGUCGCUUUUACAGCAAUUACUCUAUUCAUGUUCCUAGAAGGAAUCGUGGCUCACAUCCCACUGUUGUUAGUUACGGCCAUCAAUGCCAAAGUCAGCUGUGACAGAAUCGAUAAGUUCUUUCGCACGCCAGAAAAGACCGAAAACGUCCAUCCGGGUCCCGCCGUGUCCUUCCACGAUGCGACAAUCACUUUUCCUUUUGGCUCUGGAGAUCCCACAGAUGACCGAUUUGCUCUGCGCAAGCUCAACCUUGACUUUCCCAAUAAUAGCCUGAGCGUUAUUUCUGGACCUACUGGAUCUGGAAAAUCACUUCUCCUUGCAUCCAUCUUGGGCGAGGCAGAAGUUCUUAGUGGUUAUAUUCAAGCCCCAAGAGCUCCUCCCCCUGACCAACGAUUUGAUAGCAAAGCAACCGCUGCUAACUGGAUCUUUCCUACUGCCAUCUGCUUUAUUUCUCAGACACCUUGGAUUGAGAACGCUACAAUCAAGAACAACGUCCUCUUUGGCCUCCCAUUCGACCCCGUCAGAUACGAGAAAGUUCUUCAUGCUUGUGCUCUAUCCCAGGAUCUCAGUCUGUUUGAAGAUGGUGAUGAAACUGAGGUCGGAGCUCAGGGAGUGACCCUGAGCGGUGGACAGAAGUGGCGACUGACUUUGGCACGAGCAUUGUACUCUAGGGCCGGUAUUAUGGUUAUCGAUGAUGUCUUCAGCGCUCUUGACGCACACGUUGGGAAGCACGUGUUUGCAAACGCACUGCUUGGUGAGCUUGCGAAGGGCAGAACUCGAAUUUUGGUUACUCACCAUUCUUCGCUCUGCCUUCCGCGUGCGGAUUACGCUGUGCAUCUUGUCAAUGGAGUUGUCGAACAUUCAGGCUCAGUAGAGGAACUGCGACGCACCGGAGUCCUAGAUCACAUCAUUGAGGCCGAUGAGGCUGAGGAGGCUCAAAGAGAUGGUAACACAAAAUCGGGACAACCUGCAACGACCCCAUCGCAGGAUUCUACACCUAAAGACAAGGCGGCUCCAAAGAAGCUUGUUGAAGAUGAGAAGCGAGAGGUCGGAAGAGUCAAAACAGCGGUCUAUACUGGGUACCUCAAAUCUUUCAGCGGGCUGCCUUUCUGGUCUUUUCUUAUCCUUCUGUUUGCCGUGGCCCAAGGUCUUACGCUUGGUCGUGCGUACUGGAUCAAAAUAUGGGCUAGUUCGUAUGAGCAGGUCGACAGCAGCAUGCACGUUAUGGUCUAUCAAUAUCGAAAGACAUUACAGACACAGUUUUUCAACCAGCCUAUGAACUCUGCUAACUUGACCAAUGUGGCUACGGGCUUUCAAAUGGAGGCUCAGACUAGAAGCCUCUGGUUCUAUCUCGGAGUUUACUGCCUAAUAUCAACGAUUUCCGUUUUAGUAUCCGUCAGUCGUCUCUAUUGCGUUUACACCGGCUCACUCCGUGCGUCACGGAAGAUUUUCCAGGGUAUUUUGCGCAGUGUACUUCGAGCACCACUCCGGUGGCUGGAUACUGUUCCGACGGGAAGAAUCUUGAAUAGGUUCACUGGUGAUUUCACCAGCAUGGACUCCUCGCUGGCUACAAACUUCUACUACUUUGCCACUGUAACCUGGGAAAUGUUGGGCAUUUUGGUAGCAGCACUUUUUGUUUCACCAUUCAUGAUCUUCGUUGCCAUCACUCUGCUCGUAGCUUGUGCUUUCUACGCUCAACAGUAUAUGGCGGCAGCACGAACCAUCAAAAGACUCGAAUCCACAAACAAAUCUCCCGUCAUCUCACAUUUCGCGUCUUCGCUCAGCGGUCUAUCCACCAUCAGAGCAUUCUCGAAGGCACCCGAGUUUACUAACAGAAUAUUCGGUCUUAUUGAUGACUGGGCAGCUUGCACCUGGUAUAUCUCUGCCUUCCGGAUGUGGCUCAUGAUUCGUAUCGGCAUUACGGCUUCCAUGUUUGCUGCUGUUGUUGGCAUUUUCGUUGUUACCACACCCAGCAUUGAUGCCAGUUUAGCCGGCUUUGUUCUCUCUUUUGCAUUGAACUUUGGACAUGCUAUUAAUUGGGGCAUCUCAGUGUCCACUCAGACAGAACUUGAUAUGAAUGCGACGGAGCGUAUCUUUGAGUACCAGAAUCUGGAGAUCGAAAAGCAAGACGGAGAGGAUGUGCGUGCAAGCUGGCCUGAGGAGGGCAGAAUAGAGGUUGAGAGCCUGGAAGUGGGCUACGCGGAAGGCUUGCCCUCUAUUCUGAAGGGUUUGAGCUUUACUGCCGAACGCAAUCAGCGGAUUGGAAUCGUGGGUAGAACCGGUGGAGGAAAAUCGACUCUCUCACUGGCCCUAUUCCGCUUUCUUCAAACUCGGUCAGGCAGCAUUACGAUUGACGGCGUCGAUAUUUCCAAGAUCAAACUCUCUGAUUUGCGCACUCGUCUAGUCAUUAUUCCACAAGAUCCUUUCCUCUUUUCGGGUACCAUCCGCACGAAUCUCGAUCCCUUCAACCAAUUUAGUGACUACGAACUCCAGAAAGCCUUGAUGCGGGUCCAUCUCAUUUCCUCGAACCCAGGCACACCAGCUCCUGAACAGGUUCUCGAGGAGCACUCGGUCUCAUCUGCUCCCACUGCCACCGAGAAUGACACAGAAGCAAAUUCCUCUCUCUCGCUUUCGUCCCCUGUUGCAUCUGGUGGUUCCAACCUUUCUCAAGGCCAGAAGCAGCUACUCUGCCUUGCACGUGCAAUUUUGUCGCGUCCAAAGGUUUUGCUCUUGGAUGAGGCUACUUCGGCUGUCGAUAUGGAGACGGAUAGACUGAUUCAGGACUCGAUCCGUCAGGAAUUUUCCGACUCGACACUGCUUGUUAUUGCGCAUCGAUUGAGCACUGUGGUGGAUUUUGAUCGGAUACUGGUGAUCAAAGACGGUGUGACUGCGGAGUUUGGUACUCCAAAAGAGUUGCUAGAGAUCGAGAACGGUUUGUUCAAGGAGAUGAUUUCUCACAGCGGUGAGAAAGAUGAAUUGGUAAGAUUGAUUUCGGCAAAAUAG